AUGAAGAAACAAAGGCCCCAAAGCUCACAUGAUUUGCCUGAGGUUACUCAGCCUGACCUUGGCAGGGGGAGUGAUUCUGCACUGCAGACAGCCACCCUGACCACGCCUGACCCUGUCUCUCCUCUUCCCGGCACCCUCUGCAGUGAGCUGGACCACAGUGAGCCAAGGACACCUCAGGAUCCGUUGCUGGGGCCCAACACGGAGGAGGCCAGUGGGCCCCCAGCUCGGGCCAAGGCCCGAGUGGUGAGCACCACACUGACAUGGCGGCAGUGGCCCCCUGCCCGGGAAGAGAGCAAACACCGUUUCCACAAGGUGUCCCUGGUAUCAGGGGCCCGGCUGGAAGUCCCCCAGGAGGAGAUGUCUGGGUAUGGCCACCGUGGGGAGGAAGUCAACGGCCUUGCUGCACGGGAAGAAGAGACAAUGAAUCACCAGGGUCCCGGGGACGGGGCUGGCUCCAAAAGCUUCCAGAGCCAUGGGCCCAUCUUUUCCAAAAUGUACACACUGCCCCCCAGGGAGAAAAGGCCAGAGGGAGGGCCAAAGGAGGCUGUGGACCAGGGUGAUGGCAGUUGCCAGGACCCCAGGACUGAGCCACUGAGCCCAGGAGCCACAGCCAAGACUGAGCUUUUGGCGCCGGUGCAUGGGCCCCAUGAGCCCAGGCCCGACCCAGGUGUGGGUGUCACCAGCGGGAGCUCCCGGAGCCUUGAGGAACGGCGGGUGACACGCGCUGUGCGGACUACCACGGUGGUGGUAGGGCACGGGCACCAACAGGUGAACAGCUCUGUGACGAACUCUGUGGGGCUAACGCUCCCAGGCAAGGCCCUGCCCAGGGGCCACGAUGCUGCCCCCGCAGUGCAGGGAGUGGUGGUGAGCCCCCGAGCCGAGGACUCACCCAGCCGCAGCCAGGCCCUGGAGCUGCUAGCUAGACUUGUGCCCGCUGGGCAGAGCCCACCCGCCAGCCGGCUUCCCAGGCCCCUGGCUGCUGUGACAAGGAGUCCAGGUCUGGGCAGCACAGAAGGUGCAGCCCCGGGGCAGCUGCCUGAGACGGGGACAGCAGAGCCAGAGGACAGAUCUGUCCUGGCCCCCGCAGGCUUCCCAGACUAUGGCCACCCGCCUCAGAACCAGGAUGUCGCUGCAACCCACCCGGACCAAGACCAGGACAAAGCCCCAGAUGCCAGGGCCCAUGAGGUCCCAAGAGUACAGAGAGCAUCCAGCCCCACCCAGCUCCCUCUCCAGACCUCUCAGGGCCACACACCAGUACCCUCCUCUCCCAGACUCCAGACCCAAACCCCCACCCUGGGCCUAGGUCACCCCCCGGAGCAGCCUGAGGUACCUACUCAUGCUAGGGCCCAGCUGACUCUCGAGCCCAGGGGACCCCAGGCCUGGCCCUCUGUCAAAAGGGAAGGGUGUCCAGAUUCCCCUGCUGCCACCAGCCUGCCCACGGUGAAGACUGAAGUUGUUAUAGUCCCUGGACAAUCUCUUGCUCCAUCCUCUACAAGAAGGAAGGCUGUCACCAGCCCAGGACAUCUUUCUGCUCCAUCCUCCCCAAGGAAUAAGGUUGUUCAGGACUCUGAAGAUGUCCCUAUCUUCUCCCUUACCCAGAAAGAGGUAGUGCAGAGCCCUGGGGUUCCUGUUGACUCAACCCCCGCCCAGAAGGAGGUAGUACAGGGUCCCAGUGCUCCUGCUGCCUCAUCCCCUAAAGCAACCAAGGUUGCCCAGGCCCCAGAAGGCAGCCCUAGUGCCCAAAAAGAGGUUGUCCAGGGCCCUGGCGCUUCUACUGUCCCACAUUCCACCCAGAAAGUAGUUGUCCAGGGCCGUACUGCUCUCAUUGCCCCCUCCUCCUCAGGGGGCAAGGUAUCCCUCAGCCCGGGAGGCCCCCCUGCCCCAAGGCUGAUGGGAGCAGAGGCCAGCCUGGAGUCCCAGCUUGGCCCUGACUCCGCCGAGGGCGAGACGUUCCCGGAGCCAUCAAGGGAGGAGGAGGAGGUGGCCCUGACCGCUGACCUGGAGAUUUUCCUGGACACCCUGCGGAGUAUGGAACCCCCCGAGAUCCUCCGCACUCACCGGCUGCCACGAGCCCCCCGCUCUUCCUACCUGGCCACGUACGCCACGCUGCCUGCCAUCGAGGAGGACCAGCCUGGGCCGUGGGUGCUGGGACCCAGCCCCCAGGGGGUGCCUGCACUGGAAGAAAAUGAAGAGGAAAGGGGAGAGGAGGAGGAGGAGGAGGAGGAAGAACCACAGAACCCCUACCUGAGCGACAGUGAAAAUCUCCAGCGCAGGCAGGAGAAAGCCAGGCCCAGCCCCUCCUGGGACUCCCACCCUGCCCGACCCUCCCAGGUGUCUUGCUCUCUUCUAGAGAUGAUGAAGAAGCACACGGCAGGUGCCAAGGGCGCCCACCCAGAAGUCGAGACAGAGUGGCAGGCAGGCAGCCGGCCCACUUCCCGUCUUGGAGGCAGCCUUCUCUUUGGGGGUCUGGUGCCUGCCCUCAAGGAGGCCCCCACUUUGGAACCACUGGGCACAAAACCAUCCGCUCUACCGCCCCACAGGGCACCAGGGCUCAAGAAGGUGCCAGGGCAGCUGCCCCUGCUCUACAGGGAAGGGUCACCUCCAGAGAAGUCCGCAUGUGCCCAGUCCCUGGAGGGGUGGAGCUCAGCAAUGAAGACCCAGGGCAAACUGAACACCAGGCCUGGAAAGAUGAUCCUCUUCUUGGAGCCUGGCUGCCAAGGCAGCAGCAGGGAGGUUUGGGAAGACACUGCUGAUGCUUCCGGCUGGGCCCGCGUGGCUUCCAUACGGGUGGUACGAGGCUGCUGGAUGCUGUACAAAGAGCCAGCGUUCCGGGGCCAGAAGCUGGUCCUGCCUGAAGGAGAUGUGGAACUUGGAGCUCUGGGGCCAGCAUGGAGUACCCAAGGCAUUGGCUCCCUGAGGAGGGUGGUCCGGGACUACAUUACCCCAGAGAUCAGCCUGUACUCUGAGGAGGGCCUCAAGGGGGAGCAAGUGAAGCUAACCAAGGCCUUGGAGGACCUCCAGGGCCUGGAGAGGCCUCUGCAGGUGGCAUCUGCCACUGUCUCCGCAGGACUGUGGCUUCUAUACCCCAAACCCUUCUUUGAAGACACUCCCUGCAUCCUGGAGCCUGGAGAGUACCCCACCCCAGAGGCCUGGGGUGCAUCAGACCCCAGUGUGGGCUCCCUGAAGCCCAUGAGAUUGGGUUGCCCGAGUGUGGAGAAGCCAGGGGAGCCCAAGGCUGUAGUGUAUGAGGCCCCAGGCUUUCAGGGCCAGAGCUGGGAAGUGAGCCGAGACAUCUACAACCUGCAGCAGCCAGAGGACGGCCAGAGCCCCAGCUUGGCCUCGGUGGGGUCCCUGCAAGUUCUUGGGGGCUGCUGGGUGGGCUAUGAGAAGGAGGGUUUCCGGGGUCACCAGUAUCUGCUGGAGGAGGGCGAAUAUGCUGAUUGGUCACAUUGGGGAGGCUACAACAAGGCGCUGACCUCCCUGCGAGUCAUCCGGACGGACUUCGAGGACCCGGCGGUGGUGCUGUUUGAGGCCAUGGACUUAGAGGGGCAUGGCGUGGAGGUGAGCGAGGCUUUGCCGGACGUGGAGCUGGCGGGACACGGCCCCCGAACGCAGGCCAUCCACGUGCUCAGCGGCGUGUGGGUGGCCUAUCAGGAGGUGGGCUUCUCCGGGGAGCAGUACGUGCUGGAGAAGGGCGUGUACCGCGACUGCGAAGACUGGGGCGCGAGCAGCAGCGCCCUCGCCUCUCUGCAGCCGGUCCUGCAGGUCGGGGAGCACAAUCUGCACUUUGUCUCAAAGAUUCAGCUUUUCUCCGGUCCGGACUUCCUGGGCGACCACAUCUCCUUUGAGGAUGACCAGACCUCUCUUCCCCCCUCCUUCCAGCCCCAAUCUUGCCGGGUCCACGGCGGCAGCUGGAUCCUGUUUGAUGAGAAGAACUUUGAGGGUGAACAGCACAUUCUCUCUGAGGGCGAGUUCCCCACUCUCACAGCCAUGGGCUGCCUGGCCUCCACGGUCCUGGGCUCUCUCCAGAAGGUGCCCCUGCACUUUUCAGAGCCAUCCAUUUUCCUGUAUGGCCUGGAGUGCUUCGAGGGGAAGGAGAUCGAGCUCGGUGGGGAGCUGCGGAGCCUGCAAGCCGAGGGCUUCAACAACCACGUGCUGUCUGUGCGGAUCAAGGGGGGCUUCUGGGUGCUGUGCCAGCACAGCGACUUCCGGGGCCGCCAGUGGCUGGUGGGCAGCUGCGAGAUCACCAACUGGCUGGCGUACAGUGGGACCCAGAGGGUGGGCUCCCUCUACCCCAUCAAGCAGCGCCGGGCUUACUUCCACCUCUGGAAUGCGGCACUGGGGGGAUUCCUGGCAGUGCCGGACCACGUGGAGGACAUGAAGGCGGGCCGCGUGGUGGUCUCUGAGCCCCAAGCUGGAGGCAGCUGUAUCUGGUACUACAAGGAUGGGCUGCUGAAGAACAAGGUAGCCCCCACCAUGAGCCUGCAGGUGAUUGGCACCCCCAGCACAGGCUCCAAGGUAGUGCUGUGGGCUGAGAGCCGCCUGCCCCGCCAGACGUGGAGCAUCAGCGAAUCAGGCCAUAUCUGCAGCCAGAUGUUUGAAGGCCGGAUCCUAGAUGUGAAGGGUGGCCAGGGCUACGACCGGGACCACGCAGUGCUAUGGGAGCUGGCCAAGGACAGGGCAUCCCAGAUCUGGACUGUCCAUGUGCUUUGAACCUCCCCCCCCACCCCCCAGCCCUGGAGGCCCUCCCUGGGAUGAAAUGUUUUUAUAGGGGUUUUUGUUGUAACAUAAACUGUUUUAUAAUGUGCUCCCAGGUAUCCUCAUCUCUGUGCACCUUGAUAUUUGGGGGUGGGAGAGAGGAUUUGUUCACCUGCCUUCUUACUUGCCUGCACUCAGGUGGGCUUCCUCCCUCCCAGCUCCAGUUCUGGGGCCCAGGUAAGGCCUCCGUCUGCCACCAGAGGGAACACUGGGAGCAGGCUAACCGCUGAGUGUGGUCUUGUAUGCAGUCACCCCAAAUGUGUUCUCAGAGCCGGCUCUGAGCCAGGUUUGGCACUGGGCUAUGGGGACACAAAUAUGAACCAAGCCCCUCGGUCCGCACCCUCAAGCCACUCACAGUCCCGUGGAGGAUCCCGAUGGGACGGUGAUACACUCAGUGACGGGGUAAGAAUGGAGGUGGAAGGAUGCACGGGAGGAAUCUAAACCAUUUAGGGGCACAGGGCAGGGAACACUGCUCGGAGGAGGGAACCCUCCACUCAGAUGUGGGGGAUGAGAAGGAGUCAGCCAGGCUAGAGGGUGGCAGAGGAACGCAGACAAGUCCAGGGGUGGAAACUUGGAAGUGCAGUGCGCGGGGGGCUCCGUGGGCGGGGAGGGAAAGGCAAGUGGGAGCCACACCUCAGAGGGCUGUGCCCACCCGGGCUCCUCUCAGUUUCCCCCAAGUCUGGUCUCAAAUCCUAAAGGUUUGGCCCCCAAGAAGCCAGAACAGGGGGUCUUGGUCCCUAACCCAGCUCAGAGAGGGCAGGACAUAGUCUUUCAAUCUGGUAGACACUUGUCCCCUUGGCCAACGUCCUCCAGGAAGAGGCAGAGAUGGUCGAGGCCCUUGGGGGCUUCUCCAGAGUUUCCUUCCUACUCUUCAGCUCCCAAUUCCACCAGCCCAAACCCAGGAGAGGUAGGAGUGGUUGGAACAGCUGUUUGUCCUUCCUGCCUUCCCAGCCCAUGGGUAGGCAGGGAAGAAAUGGACAGUGGCCUCUUCAUCUUUUUUCAGCCCCCAGUGGUUGGAGACGUGAAGACGGGAGGACGGCUGGGAGGCUGGGAACCCCUGUAGGCUGCGGGGUGGGGCUUCUCUCUGAAUCUGUCAUUCUGAGGACACCGAGGCAGUGGAGUGGGGGGCUCUCCGAGCCUCCGCAACUGGGGACGUCCAGGGUCUGGGAGGGGGUGGGGGUGGGGUCCUCUGAGACCAUCAUUCCCAAACUCCCAGGGACAGGUGAGCAAAUGCAACUAAAGGGAGGGUGAAGAUGGCAGGUUCUGGCUCAUGUCCCUGCAAGGGGAUUCGAAGGGGAAGGGCCUCCGCGUUUGGACUUUGGCGCGGGGCAGGUGAGGCGCGAGCUCACUGGUGCCACCUCGCCUGCUGAUGGGGCUAUAGGUGGCCCCUUGGUGCUGCUGCAGACCUGGCUCUUUGGGCCUGGUGACGUCCAGUGACCACACACAGGACCUCACUCCAAGUACAUGACAGCUUUAUUGAACCCCAGCUGGGUGGUGCUUUCCCCUCCGUGUCAGUAUCGCUGGAUCGGCCACGGCCCCCCAGGCUCUCCCUGUCAAUUCUCACAACCUGCUCAUCUCUAGCAUCAGCCCCUCCCAAGGAUGGGGCGGGGAGGGGCUUCUCUUGCUAGUGAUGGUGGCAGCUGUCUUGGGGGAACGGCGCU